AUGAAGGGUAAUUUCAAAGCCGAUACGAUGGAGAUAGACUCCGGUGAGACUUUCUCUCUUGACAACAAGCCAUCCAGCGCCAAGGAUUUGCUCUACACCGCUAGGAGGCUCGUCGAUCAAGGCCACCCUUCACAAGCUCUCCAAGCUGUGGUGAUGGCAAUGAGAAUCCAAGGAGGAGAUGAGGCGGUACUUCAUAUACUCAACCGUACCCGUGAACUCUACAAGCGUAGAAUCCAAGAAACAUCUAGCAUAGAUCAGCUGGCUUCUAUAUUUGCAGAGUGCGCCAUUACAGAAGCACAGCCUCUUGAGACAACAUCAUCAACAGACAUGUUCGGUACUAAAGAAAGAGUUACAGCGGAUGCUCAGGGGAUAUCUAUUUUAGAGAAAAGCGGGAGGUCACAGAUCAUGCUUGAUGCCUUUGCUGACGGAAGCAGCUUUAUCUGUCUGAAAUGCGGUGGUCUGGUGAGCAUCCAUAGGAGAGAUGAACACUAUGCGUAUUGGUGUAGUAAUAUGUGAUGCAACGAAUGCUAUUUUGCUUCUGAUGUAUAAUACUUACAAAAUCAGUCUAAUACCUCAACAUCCUAUAUAGACUUGUAAUGUUUCUUAUGCUUUAUCAAUAAAAGCUUCAAGGAAAGACAUUGAAUCAUGUCUCUCUAAAACUUUUUUUGGUGCUCUGUAUAUUGUAUCAUUUACAACAAAACCAAAAAAACAAAUAAACUGGUAAGUUCUUUAUAUAAGUAAUACAUGCAACUUGAAGAUGAGCUUAAACCCACUUGCACUCUCACAUGCUUCAAAUAGUCAGAGCUUAAAGGACAAACCUAAACUAUAAGCAGUCAGAGUUUGCCACUUUUAUUACACUUAU